AUGUCUAGCGGAGAAGUGCUCAAGGCCGACAAGGACUUUACCAAGGAAGUCGAUGCGGCUAUUCCAGAGGCGGAGAAGCUAGCUUCUAGCAACCCGCAAGCUGGCAUCGAUAAGCUGCUCACGCUCGAGAAGCAGACCCGCCAGGCCUCAGAUCUCGCCUCCACUUCCCGAAUCAUAAUCGCCAUCGUCACAAUAGCAAAGAAUGCGAAGGACUGGAACUUGAUGAAUGAGCAGGUCCUGCUCCUCUCCAAGAAGCAUGGACAGCUCAAGCAAGCCACCACCAAGAUGGUACAGACAGUCAUGGGGUUCCUAGAUGAGACACCCAACCUCGAGACAAAGCUAUCAGUCAUCGAGACACUACGGACAGUUACUGAGGGCAAGAUCUUUGUCGAAGUCGAACGCGCCCGAGUAACCCGCAUCCUGUCCAACAUCAAGAAGGAGCAAGGCGACAUCGACUCAGCGACAGACAUUCUGUGCGAGCUGCAAGUCGAGACGUUUGGCUCCAUGACCCGCCGCGAGAAGACCGAGUUCAUCCUACAACAAGUCGCGCUAUGUAUACAGAAGGGCGACUGGACACAGGCUGGUAUUCUGAGCAGGAAGAUCAGCACAAGGUAUUUUGCCCGGAGACCGAAGAAGACUCCCGAGCAGCUUGAGAAGGACCAGAAGGAGCGGGAGGAGAAGGAGAAGAACCGAAGCCCCGAGGACCCGCCCAUUGAGCCAGAGGACGAUGUAACAGAUUUGAAGCUCCAGUACUACGAGCAGCAAAUCACCUUGGCGAAGCACGACAACAAGUACCUGGACGUUUGCAAGCACUACCGACAAGUAUUGGACACCGAGGCUGUGGAGGAGGAUCCUAACAAGCUCCGAGCGAUCCUUCAGCGCGUCAUCUACUUUAUCAUCCUCUCGCCGUACGAUAACGAGCAGUCCGACCUCAUUCACCGUAUCCAGCGCGACUCUCGCAACUCUCAGAUCCCACAAGACGCACAAUUAGUUAAGCUCUUCACUGUGCCCGAGCUUAUGAGGUGGCCAAUGGUAGCUAAGCAGUUCGGACCUCACCUUACAGAGACGGACGUAUUCGACGCGGAGAAGGACGACUCGCACGACCCCAAGGCAUUCCAGAGAUGGCAAGAUCUCCGAAAGCGUGUUAUUGAGCACAACGUUCGCGUUGUCGCCAAGUACUACACGCGCAUCCAGAUCCCGCGUUUGACAGAGCUGUUGGAUCUCACCGAAGAUGAGACAGAGAAGAACAUUAGCGAGCUAGUGUCUGCGAAGACCAUCUACGCCAAGAUUGACCGACCUGCCCGGAUCGUCACGUUUUCGAAGCCUAGGGAUGCCGAUGAUGUGCUGAACGAGUGGAGCGGAAACAUGAAGAGCUUGCUGGGUCUUCUCGAGCGUGUUGAUCAUCUCAUCACCAAAGAGGAAAUGAUGGCGCGCAUCCAGCCUACCAAGGUGGACAAGAGCAAGGCGAUCAAGGGCAAGGCGAAAUAG